UUACCCACCCCCCACCUACCUUUAAAUACAGCCAAUAUAGCCGAGGAAGAAAACCAGUGCUUUCACCUGGAAAUGGAGAUAUGCAUUUCAAGAGAUGAGAGGCAGGCAAAUGCCCAGAACUCAGAAGUGAUAUCCCACCCAUCAAGAAGAGCCCCCAAAUUAAGAAUCCCAGAGAUUCCAUACAAACAACAGCAUGGAAAAGAAGCCAGAGCUACAGAGGUGAUCUGGAUCCAGGAAGAAAUGGAAGAUGCCUGCAAUCAAAAAGAGAGAAAAGAGACAUCUCUUCUAGCUAACAUGAAAGACAGAGAAGCCACUCAGGAAACUUCGGCGGCCAUGCAGAGUCAAGUCCGUGAGGCGGAAGAUAAAGUGGAGAAUCAAGAACAGAAAGAAGACACAUGUGAUCAUCUCCCAAAGACACAGCAAUCUUUAGGACAUUUUUUUUCAAGUACAACAGAUUCAGAUACAACACUGCCAUUGUCACAGUCAUUGUCCUAUGAAGGGCCCAUCAGUUACUCUCUGUCCAGCCCUCAGAUUAGUGGAGUAACUCUAUCAACAAUUGGAUCAAAGACCCCUAAACUUAUUGUGAGCCAUUCCGGAUCAGAAAACAGCUUGGUUUCUUUGAAAGGCUCUGACAGCCUCACAACUCCAAAGAAACAGACGCGGUUUGUCCCUGCUCCUGAGACCGCUGUAACGGGGGACGGGGAGGAUUAUUUCCUGUCUUUGUUUGGUGAUUCGAAGAAACUUCUUGCACACUCAUUCCACUCCGAGAGGACUUGGAGGCACUUUUCAAUGAUUCUUGAAGAAGUGGGCCAGUCUAGAUCCAGUGCUCUUGGAGACAUCAAAAUAGCCGAAGUAAAUGUUAAGGGUUUAUUUGUGAAGCUCAUUAACUCUUCCCUUGACAAAGAACUGGAGAUUGGAGGCCAUGUUCUCCAGCAAAAUGUGGGUGGACAAACAGUCUCUUUGUACCGAUUCCUUCCAGAUAUCAGAAUGCAGGCCAACUGCACAGUAACAGUGUGGGCGGCAGCUUCUGAGGCGAAGCAUCAGCCACCAUCAGACUUUCUUUGGAAGGAACAGGACAAGUUUAAGACAAGCCCGGACUGUACAACGAUCCUGUGCAAACCUAAUGGUGAAGCUAUUGCCUGGUAUACUCCUAUUCACUGGAAGCAAGCAUGGGAGAAACUGGACAUGGACACUGAAUUUGACAGAUGCUCAGUAGUAAGCCCUGUGUCUCAAAGGCACAGGUUUCACUGGGCACCAGCUGUAACUCCAACUAAAGAGAAACAAGAUCAGUCUAAGGAAGACACCUCCAGAUAUCAGAUGGAACCAGGUGGAGUCUUUCUUCAGAGAGAAAAAGAUAUCCCAUCAACCCUCUUCCCUAAUCACAGUCCUUGGUGCCACAGUCCCAAUGUCCCUGCACAUCCCUACUGUCCUCUGAUUGGGCCUCACAAUCCCUGCGAGGCUGGGAGCAGCUUAGGUAGACAGCCCGGGCCUCGGUCACCUAGGCCUGACCCAGCCCAGGUACUUUUCAUGACCCUCUAAAUUUAUUUCAUAACCAAUAAACGGGACAGGAUCUGCUGCUUGAAAAACAUUGUUUUAGAAACAUUUAUAAAAUGACAUGAGAGCAACUGAAACGGCAUCUCAGAGGAGACAGCAUUUGAACUAAGAUCAUGAAGGAUGAGUAGAAGUUAUUCGUGUUGAAAAGAGAAUGGGGCAAAGCAUUCUGAGUAGAUGAAACCGCAUAUUUCAAAAGCAUACAGAGAUAAAGAGCAAAUCCUAUGUGUUAGAAAAUAGUGAGAAAUUGUAUCCACCUGAAAUAUAAGUAAAUGUGGAGCUGUGAAUCUGAAGUUUCGUGGGGACUAGAUUUUAAAGGUAUUUGCAGCCAUUAUGUUAAGGAGUUUAGACCGCAUCAUGCAGGUAGUGAAGAGGCACUGAGGGUUUUAAGCAGGUGUCUCAUACAGUUCCUUCUAUAUUUGAAGAACUUUGAAAGCAGUAUGGGAAAUGAAAUAGCGUAGAAAGAUUCCAUAAUUUGUAUCUCCACCCAGCCUCUGUCCUGAACUCCGAUUCAUGAAGCCAGUUUCCUGUAGUUUUGGAUGCCCCAUGGGUGUCCCAUUCCCGACAUGCUCAGAACUGAAUGCAUCAUCAUCUUUCCCCCAAAGCGUGUCGUUCUGCUUUUUCCCAUAUCUUAGUCAGUACCAUUCAGAACCCCUAGGCCUCGACAAUCUCUCUCUGUUCCUUUCCCUUUCUAUAAUCAAUCACAGAACCUUGUUUAUCUUAAACAAGCUCUUCAGUUUUGGUCCUUAAAUAUCUUCAUUUUCACCUCCAAUGUCUUCAUGAUAAAAUCCAAACCUAUGAAACUGAUUUUUAAAAUUUUUAUUUAAGUGUAGUUGACAUAAUAUUAUAUUCAUCUCAGAAGUACAAUGUAGUAAUUUGACAAUUAUGUACAUUACAAAGUGCAACCAUCUGUCAUCAUACCAAGUUAUUAAACUAUUAUUGACUAUAUUUUUUAUGUUGUACUUUUCAUCCCAUGAUUUUAUUUUAUAACUAGAAGUUUGUACCUCUUUGCAUAUCCCCUGCCCCUUCCCCUCUGGCAACCACCAGUUUGUUCUCUGGAUUUACGAAUCUGUUUCUGGGAUUUUUGUUUUGUUUUGUUUUUAUGGUUUGCUUUGUUUUUUAGGUCCCACAUGUAAGUGAAAUCAUACAGUAUUUGUUUUUCUGAGUCUGACUUAUUUCACUUAGCAUAUGCUCUCUAGUUCCAUCCAUAUUGUCACAAAUGGAAAGAUUUCUUUCUUUUUUAAGACUAAUAUUCCACUGUGCAUAUGUACCACAUCCUCUUUACCCAUUCAUCUCCUGAUGGGCACUGAGGGUGCUUUCGUAUCUUGACUAUUGUAAAUGGUGCUGCCUGACCCAGCCUAUGUCACCAAACAUUCACCUACUUGUGUUCUGUGCUUCGAUCUAAAGUUCUUUCAGCAUGCCAUUAGCUACCUCCAGGCCUUCAUAAAUUCUCUCACUCUUCUCUUCAUGUGUAUAAUUAUUCAUCCUUAAAAUUUCCACUUACAUGUCACUGCCUUCCAAGAAUCCAUCUCUGACCUCCACCAAAUGAGUUUGUGCUCCUGAUACGGGUUCUCAUAACAUCCUAUACUUCUCCUAUCAAACAAUGCCCUUGUUCACUUUAUUGUAAAUUCUCCUUAUCACUGGACUACAAGCCCAAAAAGGAUAGAAACAGCUUUUCUACUGCUUACCUUUUUGUUUGCUGAAGGACAGACAGCAAAGGAGACACUGAAGCUUGUUAAGCAGGCAUCUCAGAGUUAGAUCUGCAUUUUAAAAGAGAAUUUGAGAAGCAAUGCUUAAAAUGUAAUGGAGUAGAAAAUAUUCCAAAAUCUUGGAAGGAAAGAAUGGGGGAGGAAGAACAAAGCAUAUUAGAGAAGAGGUUGAGAACGGGUAGGUCUGGUACAGUUAUAACUUGAGCCCCAAAAGGAGAGGAGAGAUUAGAGAAGUAAUAUUUAAAGAAAUGACGACAAAAAUUGUCAAAAAUUGACGAUAGAUAUCAAGCCAAAGCAUCAAGAAAAAUAAAUUCCAGUGGCACAAAUCCAAAGGAAAUACCACCUAUGUAUAUUAUAAUUAAAUGUCAGAAAACCAAAUAAUGGAAGUCAGAAGACAAUGAAAUGAUAUUUUCCACUUGCUGAUAUGCUAAAAGAAGUACUGACCUAGAGUCCUAUGCCUAGCAAAAAUGCACUUCAAAGAGUGAAAGCAAAAUAAAGACAUUUUCAGGCAAACAGGAAAUGAAAGAAUUCCUCAACAGCAAACCCACACUAAGGAAAUGCUGAAUGGAAGUACUUCAAGAAGAAAGAAAAUGAUCCUAGAAGAAAUCACAGAGAUAUAGGAAAUAAGAAGUGGAGAGAGUCAAACCGUAAAUGAAUAUUCACUGUAAAAAGCAAUACUGAUAUUGUUUUGUAGGGUUUUAAAGUUAUGUAGAAUUUAAGUACUUGACAACUGUGUUCAUUUCCAGGACUAUUGUAACAAUGUACCACAAACUUGGUAGCUUAAAACAAAAAAUUUAUUCUCUCACUGUUCUGGAGACUGGAAAUCUGAAAUAAAGGCUUCAGCAGGACCACAUUUCCUCCUUAUAAGGACUCCAGUCAUUGGGUCAGGGCCCACCCUCACCUAGUGUGACCUCAUCUUAAUGUGAUUACAUCUGCAAGGGUCCUAUUUCUAAUAAGGUCACAUGCUCGGGUUCCAGGGAUUAGCACUUUGACGUAUCUUUCUGAAGGACACAAUUUAAUCAACAAGAGCAACAGCACAGAAGUUUGGAGGGGAGCAAAUGGAGUUAAAGUAUUCUAAGUUCCAUGUUUUGUGAGUAUUAUAAGAAUGUCAUGUUUAUGACAAUGAUACAUGUCAUGCUUUCAUUAUCAUUCAGUUCAAAAUAUAUUCUGAUUUCCAGUACAGUGUCUUCUUUAAUACAUGGAUUAUUUGUGGAUAAUAUGUCACAAACAGAAUAGUUUUAUUUCAGGAAGGCAAGGUUGGUUUGAGCUUUGAAAAUCAAUGAAGUAAACUCAUUAUCUUAAUAGAAUAAAGAGGAAAAUUAUAUAACCAUCUCAACAUGGUUACUGAGUACUUGGUGAGAGAGUAGUACUUGGUUACACACAAAAAAAUGACCUCUUGAAUACUAACAAUGUCCCAUUCCGUUAUCUGAGUGGUGUUUACCUGUAUCACUGUUUUCACCAUGCUGUGCAAUUAUGACUUUGGAAUUUUUCUGUAUUCACACUACACUUAAAUAGAAGUUUAUUUUUAGAAACUUGAUGACAGGAAAAAGAAAAUUAGAAAGGGAAGAAGCACAAUUAUGGUAAUGAACAGCUUAAAAUGACAGCUUAUAACUUGACAAGGAAAGAGAAAGAAAAUCUAAGAAAAUACAUUGAUGAACUCAAAAUGAAUAUCAAUAAUACAAGGCUGAUUUAGUGCAGGAGGAAAAUAGUCUAACUUGAAAUAAAUCUAAGCCUACCAUUACAUUACAAUGUAUUGAGAAUUAAUGUUAAUAUACUUAGUCAUAGCUCAGGCAUCUCCAGGAAUGUUUUGCGAUCAAGAUGGCUGAUUACUGCCCGCUUUCCCUCACACACAAGACCCCCAGAUCCAGGGAAGCUUAGGUACAGGGCCACCAAGAAUAAAGCCUGUUUGUCUCAGCCUCUGCAUAACGGAAUGUGAGUAGAAAUCGUGCUUGCGACCUCUGGAGAGUGCCCUGGAGUGUGCCCUCCCUUGUCUCCUCUGUGCCGUGAUCACAGAGUUAGAGCUGCCAUAUUUCAACUCAGAGACCAAGCCAUAUACUGAGAAGGGAAAAGCCACCCUUGGUGCCCUAUAUGGCCCAUCUCUAGACUGUUAAGUGAGAGAAAUAACCUUGCUUAAGCCGUUGUUAAGUUGUGUCUGAACCAGAUGGCCCACACAGCAUUUACUACCGUUCAGUUUCACUUAAUAGGCUCCUGGUUAAAAAGAAAACAAAAGUCACAGCAAGAAAAGGCAAUUAGGUGAAUUCUAAUGUAGAAUGAAUAUUAGAUGUUGACGAGUUCCUGUUCUUUCCUUAAGUUGUUAACUGUGUUUUGGUUAUAUUGGUUGUUGUUAGAUUCAUACCAAAAUCUAAAUUUUCUUAUGGUUCAGUGAUAAAAGCACAGAUUGAAGGUAACACAAAUAUGGCAAAACAUUAAACAUUGAAUCUGGGUGGUAGGUAUGCAGAUUUGGUUUUAUUAUGCGCUCAUAUUUUCCAUAUGUUUGAAAUUUUUCAUGAUAAAAAUUUGACAAAAUAAACAAGAAAGACAUUUUUAAUUGAAGGUAGUGUGUGCUUGGGACUGUCAGAGCAAAGAGGCCAGGCAUGAGCCCAGUGAGGGGUGGACCUCAGACCCUUUAACAAAGCUGGUGUGUUUGCAUUGUGUUGCCAGGAUGGUUCCUAGACCUAGAGAGAAUUGCUUUCUUCUUGCUGAGAUUAGUUUACAGAUUGUGGGCCGCUUUAUCAGUCUUCUGUAACUCAAGUGAAAUGGCAAAAACCAGUCUGGAGAUAGUGCCCUACAGACGUUGUUUACAGCUAACAGAGUGCAUGUGCACUGUUUACUGUGCUUUAUUUGCAUACUGCCUAAUACACUCGGCCUAUCAUCUGUGACCCAUAUUGCACAUUGCAGAGGGUUUCAUUUCAUUGUAACUCUACAGUGGCUCUUGUCUCCCAUGCAAAUGUUAUUAUAGUAAGGAUAAUAAUAACGCCCCUUCAUCUCUCAGGCUUGCAGAGCCAGAUUAUAAAAGCCAGUCUGUUAGAAAAUACAUGAAACUAGAACACAGACAGCAUUAUGCAGGAAUGAAACAUUUAAAAUCUCAUCAAUGUAAGCUCUGUCUUAAGAUCACAGUUAUGGAAUUUUACUUUAGUUGGAUUGUGGGUGACUACUCAUUACAGUUCCAAUAGAUUUGUAUUAUAUUAUCUGUCAUGGGAUCAAAAUAUUUAUUCAAGCCAAAUGCCACAUCCCUAUGAUUGUGUAGACUCUUAGUUAAGUGUAUGUGUGCGU